AUGCUUUCGUCAAGGGCUAACAGGCAAGUUUUAAGAGCUUGUAGACUCGCGAUUUCACCAUUUCUGCGUCGCAAUAUUCAAACUUCGAAGCCGAGAUCGACUUUUGCGAAAGACCUUUUCCUUGGCCGUUUCAACAAGGUAAGGGAAAUGAAAAUGUAAUCGUCUGUUUUCUUUUAAAGUUUAUCUUUGAAGCCAUAUGAGCUAUUUAACUUUUAAAUGGAUAAAAUCGUAUGGAAUAAUAAUGAAUGGCAAUCGGAACAAAGUAGGAAAGGCACGUCGCUAAUCCGAAGCGCGAAAGCGAUGGGCCAUGUGGCGCCAAACGAUGAUUUCCAAAAGUUUAUGACUUGGUCAGUUAAAUGCGAAACUUUUAUAACUGUUUGCAUUGUGAAAUCUUUAUAACUUAUAGAGAGGUAGACAUAUAUCAGUUUUAACUUCUCGUUUUUGAAUCUUAACAAUGCAAGAAUGAUCAUGACUUGUCAGCUGGUAAGAUAAAAAAACUCUUGCUUUCUUGUUAUUAUGUCAACUUCAGUAUUUUGAAUGACAAGUCACGAGAGAGGGAUGAUGUCAAUCAAAGUCAUUCUCAAAAAACUUGAUUACACGUAAAAUUUUAAUACCAACUCUAAGGAAACGAGCAUUCUUCAUUAAGUGUUUUUUUUAGUAAAAUAAGUAAGUGAUUGAAAACCUCCUCAGCUCUCGACUUUUUCUGCUUGAUUUUCCAGGAAGUUGGAGUGUUUUUGAGGUGACUUCUGUUAGUAAGGGUUUCCUCCUACUGAAAAUAGGUCUAUAAAAAACAUUUUUAUAUUUAAAAUUAAAAGCUGGUAUAGGUUCUUGCAUGUUCAGAUUUUCAUUGGUAUAUUGACAAACUUGUUAUUUUCAGACAUUUGAUGAUGUCAUAACAUGUUACCAUGGUAACAGUAAAGCCUUGAAAAUGAGUUUCCAAAUAUAAUUUGGUCACCUAUUUGUUCUCCCAUUUAAGAAUUUUUUUUUCAUUUGCACAGGAAAAAGUUUUCCCGUUUCCUGAGCCACUUAAUGAAGAGCAGAUGGCAACUCUGAACAUGCUUGUUGAGCCCGUAGAGAAAUUCUUUGAGGACAAAGGUAAUGGCACAAUAGCUGAAAACAGCUGAUAUACUGUAUAUUUGGUUUCAUCUUUCUCCAUUUCUUUUAUUUACAGUUGUGUAAUGUUAACCAAAAAAUUAUUACAAAUAAUAUAUAGAGAAAAAAUGACCAAAAAACUUGAAUAAUGUUUUGAAACAAAAUGUUAAUUUGACAAACCUUACAAAUUCGAAGAUAAGUCUUGCUUACUGUAGCAGUAUAAAUGGAACACAAUCAAAAUACACGAUUGCUGCAAUAAAUAUUAAUCAUCGUGCCUUACAGAUCAAAUUUCAUGGUCAUUCUUGGCUUUUUCAAAAGUGGCUCAAAAAACUGGCCAUUUUUGAGAGGUUAUUUUGGUAGUUGGAGACAUGCUUUUGGCUGUUGUGCCAUUGUAGAGAGAUUGAGCGAUUGUAAAGAGGUUUAAAUAAAAGUCAAUAAAACGCAUGGACUGUCCGCUGGGAUAAAAAAAGUGGCCAUUGAAGAAGAAGGUGGCCGUUAGUGGAGGUUCUACUGUAAACUGUUGAACAAUUAUUCUUCAAGCCUGAAUGAGCUCUGAGUCAAUAGCCCAUGAGGCCGAAGGCCGAACAGGCUAUUGACUCAGAGGCCAUGAGGGCGAGAGGAAUAAUAAUCAUUGUUGUAGUAAAAUCCAACUAGUUGGUCAAAAAUAUCGAGAAUAAAAAAAUUUUAGUUGCUUAAAGCUAGACUUUAAUCCUUUUUGCCGCCAAAAAGCCAGUGCUUUUCGCUACCACUGGGCUAUGACAUAUAGCCUAGUAGUAGCUCAACCAAUCAGAAUCCUGCAUUGAUAAUAGACCACUAGUUGGAUUUUACUAAUACCUUAUACUGUAAUUUGCUGCUUAUUAUAAGCUCCCCCAGUUAUGGGCUCAUUUAUAUCUUUUGACAGAAAAUAUAUCCAAACAUAAGCCUCCCCCCCCCCCCCCCGUCAGAUAAGCCCCCCUCCAAAUGGAUUCAAAUGAAUUUAAUUUAUGAUGUUUUGAAGCUUAAUUAAAAACCAGUAAAUGCAAAACGUAUUUUGAUCAGCCCUACCGUAGCUUGUUUCGAAGCUCUUUUUCUGUUGUAGUUGUAUGCUUCCUUGGAUGCAAGCUCCUCAGUCUAUAAGCCCUUCUACAACCCCAAAUGAAGAUGUAUAACCCCAUGGCCAAGGCCUCUAUGGCAGUUUACAGCAUACUGAAGGUUUACGUCACAUGUUACCAUAUUAUUCCUGGGGUUGACUUUAAUGUCAUUCGCAACAAACCUUCACUCACUGACAUUGAAUGCUUGAAGAUAACUUGUGAUUGUUACCUUACAGUGGAUUCUGGCCAGAUAGACAAGGAUGCAAAAAUUACUAAUGAUGUUAUGGAAGGACUAAAGGAGCUGGGUCUUUUCGGUCUGCAGAUCCCAGAAGAAUAUGGUGAGAUCCGUUAUUCUUAUUCACUUACUUUUAGUAGUGGUUUAUUUUGUCUACAAAGACAUAUGUUUAUCCAGGUGAGAGUGGAGUGGGAUAGAAAAUAUUGGUGUUGACUAUAUUGAUGUCUUUAGACCGUUUAAGGUUCAAAUAUUCUGAAAGAAAGUUAAAGGAAAUUCAUCUGUCUCUAUAUGGACACCUCUGGACUUUUAAAGUAAUGUGUAGAUUUGGUUCUGGCUGAUCGUCACAUUUUUCUGACCAAGUGUCAAUUUUCCAUAAGACAGGCAUGACACUGACUCAAAUAAGUUUAAAACUAACUUGCUCUGCAAUCCAGUGUGUAUGCAUGCAUUAAAUGACUUUCUGUUGGCUGAAAUUUUAGGAGGUCUUGGUCUUCUGAACACCAAUUAUGCAAGAGUUGCUGAAGCCUUCUCAUUAGAUGCCAGUAUUGCCGUCACUCUUAUGGCCCAUCAGUCAAUUGGUUUGAAGGUCUGAUCCUGUUUUUUAUUAUUAUAUUUAAUAGUAAUAAUCAUCACCAUCAUCAUCAUCAUCAUCAUCAUCAUCAUCAUCAUCAUCAUCAUCAUCAUCAUCAUCAUCAUUAUCAUCAUCAUCAUCAUGAUCAACUUGAUCUGGUACUUGAGAGUUGUAGAACUAGAAGACAAAGUUGUUGCCAUUGUUAUCAGUGCACUGGGUACUAUUCUGAGGAGACUGGAGACCUAGCUACCUGUCUGGAGAAAAAAAUGCUGGGAUAGAGUUGGCAGCACUUCAAUCAAAGACCAAUCUUGCACUGGUAUCAGCAAUGUUUCUGCAUUAUCAUGUACAUACAUGUACGCUGUAAAGCAUGCACAAUAACAACAACAACAACAAUAAUAAUAAUAAUAAUAAUGAUAAUAAUAAUAAUAAUAAUAAUAAUAGGCAGUCAGCGUGUCAACAAAGUUAUUAUAUUCAUAGAUCAUUGCUUUCUUUUACAGUCCCUAGUUAUGCUGUUAUGUUUAAUUUUUUUGAGAACUAAAAAUUAACAAUUGAGUAUUUUCCAUAAUUAUUUAUUGGUUUUGUUUUUACCAGGGUAUUCUUAUUUGCGGAAAUGAACAACAGAAAAGGAAGUACUUACCAAGGCUGGCUUCUGGUGAACACAUCGCAGCAUUCUGUCUCACAGAGCCAUCAAGGUACAGAUUAUAUUUCAUCCAGUUGUUAAAUAACUGGAAAUGAAAACUAAAAACACAGUGCCAGGCGGGUGGGUCCUGGAUUGAAACUCUGCUCACCAUGCCUUGUGAUGAGUGGAUGAAGGUGGACACAAGCCAUGGUUUCCCAUGGGGACUCCCCAUGCGCCGGGAUGCUUGUCAUCUCACUUACACUCUAGAGGUGGAAAUUGCAAAAUUAUUUUUAAAUCACUUAUAUUGUUCAAGACAAAAUGCAAAUACUUUUUGCCAUUAAAGUAGAUGUUGUAGUUAUUUUUUUAUCUCAGGUAAUUUUUGUUUUUCUUUUGUUUUUGGGUAUGAUAAUGUAUGCUAACGAAGUUGAAACAAAGGAAAAAUAAAAAUUACCUGAGAUAAAAAAUUAACUACAACAUAGACACCACUGUACUAUUAAGGGUUGUGUGUAAGAGAAAUAUCUGCACAAAAAAGGUAAAAAGUGCCAUCAUGCUGUACUUUGUUGGAGUAUCAGGUCUGAUCCUUUCGGAGUCAAAUGAAACCUGUGUCAUGUCCAAAUUGUUCUCCUUUUAGAGGUGCAACAUUCUGAUUUUCUGACAAGCAUCUCUGUACUAUUAAAGUAACUUUUUUAUGGGAAACAUUUCAUGGGGCUUACAAUGUCCGAAGCUUACCCCCAUCCUGGGUGGGAUGUUAGUCCAUGGCACUUUUUUGCAGUUAAUAUAUGUUAAUUACCCCAACAUUUAUGUGUGUGUCACUUGUACACAUUUAAAUUAGAGAAAAUUUGGGUAAGGUUUCUUGGCUAUGGAAUUAAACAAGGCAACAGCAAAGCUUGGCCAUAUUACCUCCACAACAUUAUUUAUUUUAUGGUUACUUCCUUAUUUUAAUAUUAAUUUUUACUUACAAGAGGGGAAAUCUUUUUGCUUCAAGCCCCCAGGCAAUAAACCACACACUAGUUUGUGGGGAAUCCUGUUCCUAUUUAAAUGUAUCAGGCAUUAAAAAAAAGUUGUCUAGAUUUACGUUUGUCAGGAUGACAUCAUCAUCAUUUCAAAGGUGACACUCUAAUGGCAUCAUUGUAAUAUAUAAUGCGCUAACUUUUUUCACAUUAAGACUCAUCCUUUUCAAAUUCUAUUUUGUAAAUUGUAGUGGUAGUGAUGCUGCGUCUAUUCAGUCUAGAGCCAGUCUAAGUACUGAUGGCAAACACUUUCUUCUUAAUGGAUCGAAGGUUGGUGUUGUACCAGCGAUGUCACUAAGAUUUCAAGUUUUCUGGUAAAUACAACAAGUAGGUAGGAAAUGGAACAGCUAGGGAUUUCUUUUGGUUCCAUUUACCUCCUACAUGUAUUUUCAAGUGAUAGUAGGGGCUAGGUUCAUGGUAGCUGGAGAAAAAUCCCAGCCCCUGCGUCUUAAUGACAGCCUUGUGUUGUACCUUAAAAAUAUCAAUAUUGACAUUUUUACUCUCAUUUUAUAUUUUUUUAAAUUCAAACUGAUUAAUGUUGUUUUUGUUAUUUCUGAACAAUAGAUUUGGAUUUCUAAUGGAGGUUUAGCUGAUGUGUUGACUGUUUUUGCAAGGACUGACUACACAGAUGACAAGGUAAUAUACAGUAUAUAUAACAAUUAUUCACCAAACUGGAGGUGGCUAGUAUUGGAUAUUUACCGAAGCCGUGAAGCGGCGAGGUAAAUAUCCAAUACUAGCCACCGACACUAAGGUGAAUAAUUGUUUUAGUAUAUACUAAAACAGUGAGAUAAUUGAGCACAAAAUGAUGAUUUUUAACUCAUUUACUGUUGCCAACGAUUACAAUUUUGGUGCGUGAUGACCGAACGGCCGCGGUCGUCGCUUUUUCUUAGCGACAAAUAAAACUUUUGAAGGCGUUUGUUUAGCUCUUGCGGGGAAGUCUCUUCAAAGGGAGUUGUGAAUUCUGUUUGUAUUUAAAACAAUUCUGUAAAAAAUAUUAUUAAAUUUAGUUUUAAGCUUAUAGAGCAGUUUUCAUUUGAGUGUCGAAAAGUAAUUGGUUUUGCACUUUCUACACGAUGCGAUUGGCUUAAAAGAUUCGCGCCACCUUUUCAUCCAAUCAGAAGUAAAACCAAAGCCAAUUGUGACGCGCUCGCAUGCAUUUUCCUGCGCUUUGCGUCAGCCACAUGUAAUUACUUCGAGUUUUGAUUGGUUCAAUGUAUUGUCUGUGUCCUAUGUGAUUGGCCAGAGUAAUUACUUUGGUUUUGGUUUUACGACACUCAAACGAAAACCACUCUAUAUGAACAAGUCAACUAAAUAAAGUAACGCAAGACUUAAGCUUAAUUUGCAUUUGUAAACAAAAAGCUUUUUCACCAGUUUUAUUGAUAACUAUUCAAGUCAAAAAGACAAAGCUUUACCUGUUAAAACUUCCAAACCGAACUUCGUCACCUUCUUCAUGUAUUUCGGAAACAGCUUGCUUGAUUAGUUGUGAAAUUUCUUAGUUUGUUACGGCAGCAAACCGGGAAAGCAUUUUGCUCGCAACCUACGCGAGUUUGGUGUCGCUCGCUCGGAGGAACUGGAGGUGAAUCAGUGAAUAGUGCAGGAUAUUCACUGAUUGAGUAGCCAAUCAGAGCGCGCGAAAAACACUAUCCACUGUUUUAGUAUAUACUAAAUGUAAAUAAUCACUGCUUUCACCAAAAUAAUAAUAAUAUUAUAUCCAAGAAAAAGCCAAAUGCCUGAAAUAACCCCAUGAUACAGGAGGACAUGCAUGAUUCAUGCAAUUUAAUGGCACUUUUUCACCUGUCGUGAUAACUUAAUUACUGUCCUUUUCCUCUUGAUAAUCUGAUUGUUGGGUAGAAACACAUAAUUUAUGGUGAAAUACCCUUUCUUUAAUAGUAUCUUUGACAUCUCUUAAGUAAGUUUCUGACAAAGCUUGAUAUAAUUAUAGAAAUGUUUUCAUUUUAACAGGGUGAAAAACAGGACAAAAUUACUGCAUUUAUUGUUGAACGGGAGUUUGGAGGUGUUACCAGUGGCAAACCAGAAGACAAGCUAGGAAUUAGGGGAUCAAAUAGUAAGAGAAUUUAUAAUUUUGUUACAAAUGUAGUAAUGAUAAUCAUAAGGAAAUAAUAAUAAAAAAUUGUAAGUAAUAAUAAUAUAAUAGUAAUAAUGAUAAUAACUAUAAUGAGAAUAAAAUAACAAUUAAUAAUAAUAACAUUUAAAAACAAUAAAUUAUAUUACUUAAAAUUACCUUUACCUUUAACUUUAAUAUAUGAAUAAUAAUCAGUAACAAUAAAUAUUAAUACUUUUCAUGUGCGAUGCUGGUGGGUGAUUUAUGUAUACUUAAAGGUCCUGAAGACCAUCCAGAUUUGAGGGUCCCGAAUAUAUUCCAAGGAAAACAAACUUCUGAAUUGCUGAUGACAAUUAGUUUAGUAGCAAAAUGGUUCCUAUCUAAGGAAUGCAAAAGCUCUAGCUAGCAAUUUUAUUUUAAGAUUUUAGCAUACAGCUGUACGGAGUGUAUCAAACGCAGAAGUAUCAAGAAUCCACAUUAUCAUUUGAAACAAAUUUUUCUUUCUUUUCAUUGGCGGAGAGCCCACCACGUGACCUGCAAAUAACUGCCUACAAAUAAUGGUCUGCUCAUGUGCAAUGCCAUCCAACAGUGUUUUGCUGCAAAUAAUAUUCUGCACAUGCGUAAAGGAAACCGUGCUUUUCUCCUUCUUGUGAUCGCUCUUGCAUGAAAAUGGCAGAUCGCUUCACUUCCCAAGGAUAUUCAUUAAAAAAACAAACUCAGUGAUCGAAUGACAAAACAAUUAUUAUUGAACUUGGUUAUCGCAAAAUAUCAUGAUUUGUCAGUGUCUCGCAGAUCAAUUAUUUGGCUCAGCCUUUGGCUUCCGCAAAUAAUUGAUCUGCUCGCCACAGACAAAUCACGAUAUUUUGCUCAACCUCGUCCAAUAAUUGUUAAUUAUUUUCCCCCUAAAAGAUGUGAUAAGUACUUACCUCAUUUAUAAAGGAAAGUACUCCCUUUACUUCCAUCCCCAGAGUAGCUUCACCUGCUUCACCACCGGUCAACAUCAAGUUGUUUUUGACAGUUGCUGUUUCUCCACAUGGAGCUUUAUUUUUCAGUAGUAGUAAUGGAUCAUUAGUCUGUAAUUAAUCUGUAAUAUUUCCAAUGCCGUAUGUUGACGUUUUGUUUCUCCUCAAGCCUGUGAAAUUCAUUUUGACAACACUCCAAUUCCUGUUGAGAAUGUUCUUGGAAAAGUUGGCGGUGGCUUUAAGGUACUCUUUGCAAUUCCAUAUAUAUAUAUAUAUAUAUAUAUAUAUAUAUAUAUAUAUAUAUAUAUCUUUGCAAUUCCAUAUAUAUAUAUAUAUAUAUAUAUAUAUAUAUAUAUAUAUAUAUAUCUAUUUCAGUGUAAAAAGAAAAGUGUGUGAGAUAUCGCGGGGGGUGUGUAUUUUUCUAUCACUGUGGGCUAGUGAUUUGUGUUUUUUUUUUGCGAGACGCGCGCGUGAUGUUUUUUGAUAAUUUCGUAUAUCAGAAAUCUGUUAUAUUUAUUCUUCUAGAAAAAAAGCUUUUGGGGCCAGUUGAAAUGACAUCAGGGCUGGUAAAUGAUGCCUUCAGCUUGCCGAAAGGCAAGCUGUAAAAAUGAUUUUCUUUGCACCCUGCAUUUUAUCAAAAUUCUUAGGGCAUCAAGACUUUGUUAGUACCAGGAGAUACAAAAUUUCCCUUAGAGUGUUGAAAAAUGUUAGAGAGUGCAGUGAAUGGUUGGAAUAUCUUUGAACCGCUCUGAGAGAAAUUUUUUACCAACCAUCAGCCAUGUAAUGUUCUAUUUUCAAUAUAAACACCAAAGAAGAAAAACCCAAACCAUUUCACUUUAUAUUUUCUUUUUUGCUGGGAAAGAUGCAAUUUAUCGUGUAGCCUUAGCCCUGGGGGAUGGGUACUGCCAUAUAUGGGCUAUUUAGGUAUGUGACGCUGUGAAGGGUAUGGUUUUCAAGCAGUUUACUCUGGGAUAGGGUAUAUAAGGGAAACCGGGAAUUGCCACUCAAGAAUAUAAAAAAAUCAAAUUGGUUUUGUUUUGGUUGGGCUGUGCUAGUGACCUCAGUUGUUUCUGGACAACAGCUACUCUAGGAUAUGGGGGGAUUUGGGGAGUUUAGUCUAGUAUAGGGUAGUAAAAUUCACUUGAACCAGCUCUGGUAUAGGCUAAGGGUUCCAGGGUCUCAGCGGCUCAUCCCCACCCAAAAAGUCCUGAAGUACCCCUACCCUCCCCGGGCCAUAGCAACAGUGAUCUUUUCACAUCUGAAAAUACAUGUAACAUGUUAUUUUAAUGUGAAGAUAUUUUGUUUUCAUGUGAGAGCUCAUCUGGUAUUUUAUUAGUUAUUUUUAUAAUGAAUGGAACUUUCUAUUUUAGGGUGUCAUGAGUCCUGAAUUUUUAACUUUGUUGUAGGUCGCUAUGAACAUCCUGAAUAGUGGUAGGUUUGGUGUUGGAGCGGGAGCUGGAGGAGGCUUGAGAAAAUUAAUAGGUAUAAAAAAUCGAAAUAAAGAACAAAAGCAUUGAUCAGUUUAUAUAUCACUUUAGUAAUGCCUUCCUUCUAUUUUAGACAUUGUAUAAUUAAAAUAUGUAGACCCGAGCAGCCUCUCCUGUGGUUGAAAAUCUGUACAUGGGUGCAAAUAAGCGGCUGUGAGCUGCAUCGCUUGUUAACUGCCCUCCACGUGACUCAAUGUCCAAUGGCGAUUGCUGCUUGCGUACUCAUGAUCACAUAUACAUGUAUACAAUGUGCUCACUCAAAUUUUCAAGCAAAGGAGAGACUGCUCAAAUUCUAAAAAUUGAGUUAAAGCUAAAAUUCUAAGCUGUAGAUUGAGACAGAUAUACAUCACAUAAUGAUAAUUUAAAUGUUGAUAGUAUCUGAAACUUCCUACUAGAUCUGGACCUGACAUUUUUUUCCAAUAAUCCUUUUAUGGUUUUUAAUCAGCAAAUAAGCCAUGUUCUGAAUUCCAACAACUCUCACUUUCUCUAAGGCCAAGUACAAAUCUUUCUUGUGAAAGUUUUAUUUGCAUGAGACUAAGAAAUGAUUUACAUAUCAGAGCAUGACUUUGCAUUAUGCCUACUAAUUAUUAUAUUAUCAGCAACAGUAAACAUUUGGUUAUUUCCUUUAUUUGUAUUUUUCCACAAAAUUCUUAUGGGUUCGGAUUUAGCCAAAAAGACAUUUAACAAUUAUGAUUGAAAUGAGCUGUAAAUACAAACACAGUUUCUUAAUGUCUCAUGGUGAUUCAAUCAGUCUACAUUGUCUUAUCUUGUUUCCUCAGCAAAUGCUUCAGAACAUGCCACCACAAGGAAACAGUUUAACAGACAUCUGUCAGAAUUUGGUCAGAUCCAGGUACAAUGUUGCAUAUGAUAAGGAAAGUAAGGGGAAAAAUAAUUUUGCCACCUCUUAAAAUGAAAGCUUCAUUAUACUGUUGGGACAGUUUGUUUGAUUCUAAGACUCUAGGAAAGGUUGGGGUCUGCGUUAUUCUCUGUUUUGUUUUUUUUUAAUUCCCACAAAAAUUAACAUUUCCAAAUUCCAGUUUGACAGUUACAGCCACAGGUAUGAGUCUGUGGUCUCCACAGACUCAUAAUUAUCUGUGGCUUUAAACUGUAGUCUUGGAUGAAUUUUAAGAAAUCCAAGAAGGAAUAUUAAAUUUUAUAAUCGCACCAGCUGCUUCAAGAGUUAAACAUAAGAUUUUUUCAACACUUUUGUCAUAAAAAUUUUUAAAAAGUGUUAAUUAAAUCUUAAUUUUAAUUCUUAGGAGAAGUUUGCAAACAUGACACUGAAGCAGUACACAGUAGAAUCCAUGUCUUAUCUUACGACUGGAAUUCUGGAUAGUGGAGAGGAAGAUGCAUCAGUAGAGGCCGCCAUGUGUAAGGUUAGUUAUUGUGGAUCCUUAUACAUUUCUGUUAAACUGCCCACAUACCCCUCCCCUAAGCCAACGUUUUGCCUUAAGUGAGAAGUAAGUGUUAAUGUUGGCUUAGGGGAGGGGUAGGUGGGCAGUUUCCCAGAAAUGUAUAACGAUCCGUUAUUGAUUGCAUUUGGAAACUGUGGCACUUUAUUAUUUUGUCAAUGUCUUUCUUGACUAUAAAAGAUCUACAAACUCCAAGAAAUGUGAUAUUAUGUUUUUCAAAGCUUAAAAUUGAUUUUGAUAUAAUUGUUGGUACCAUUAUGAUGGCAGAUUUCAGUGAUGGUAGACUUGCAUGUACCAUAGAAUGGGAAAUAUGUUAUUAAUCUAUAUUUAUAAGAAAAUUUAUACAGCAUCAUUUUGUCACGAUUGAUAGAGUUUAUAUUGAAAAGCACCAACUGGCUGCAUGUAAAAUCUCAGCAGAUCUUGCUGAGGUCUCCUGCUCAUGUAUACAGGACAAUUAUUGUACCCCCAAAAAAUUAAUAUUUGAAUAAUUUUACAAUGAUUAUUAAAUGAAUAGAGGUUAUGAAGAUGCAAGUGGAAAAAACGGCGUUUUUGGGUGUUUUUCUUUUUUUUUGCUCAGAAAUUGCUAAGUUUUAGCAUACGGGCCUUUUUUUCGUGUGUCAAUCAAAAAGAUUUAUUGAGUUUUUGGACCUCCACCAUGGCCAACUCCAUGCACACAUGUAAUAUCCACUGUGAGAUCAAGUGCUGCAUGAGAACACAAAGAAUAGCUGGGUAUAUAGCAGAUUACACAUUCAUACUUGAGUCAAGUUGUUGUAAGAUAUUCUAGCCUCACCAGUUCUGUUUCUUUACAGGUUUAUGGAUCAGAAGGUCUGUGGAGUGGAGUUAAUGAUGCCCUGCAGAUAUUAGGAGGUACAGUGUACAUUAUGGGGGUGGUGUAAGGCGUGAACAUUGCAUUCUCUCUCCCUCUCUUCCUUAUUUUUUUUGCUCUCUGAUGUCACGCAGCACUCGGCCACUACCAUAAAUGAUCGAUUAAGCACUGUGGUGCUUAUUUCGUUUUCCCUGUUAAAGGUGCAGCAUUUAUCCAAGAGCAGUGCUUAUUUCAACUACGGGUAAAACACUGAGGGGAAUAUAGAGCGAAUUAAGUGAGGCGUAUGUGUACUUAAGGUAUGCACAAUAUUUUUUAAUAUUUUAAAAUAUUAUGUACACCUCAAGCAGUCAUAUGAACCUGGUUUCGAGAGCUCCCGUACAUUAGAACUCACUAGUUUAGUUGAUGGUUCUAAUUUCGCGAACAAUAUGGUUUUGAUAUGUCUCUAUAUCAAGCGCCAAAACAAAGGUGGGGCAUUUACUUGUAAAUGCCCAGAGCCACGGUGCUUAUUCGAGAGUGGUGCUUGUUAAUUUAUUUUCGGUAAAGAUGCGGUGCUUAUGCAAGAGAUGCGCUUAUUCAAGUAGUGGCCCUUAAUCGAUCAUUUAUGGUAUCCAAAUUCCUGGACAAAGCUAGAAAGUGCAGUUGGCUAAAGUCAAAAUUCAAGAAGAUAAAACUGUGAGUGGUAUGCAAAAAGUGUACAUGGUAAAAUAAUACUUUGGAUUCUAAUUCUUUUGAGGAAUAACCCAUGUGUUUGUUGUUACAGGACUAGGGUACAUGAGGGAAUAUCCGUAUGAGAGAGUUCUUAGAGAUUCACGAAUCUUGCUAAUUUUUGAGGUGAGUUAUGAAUGAAAAAUAUUAAAGGUUUAAAUGAAAAAUAAAAAUGAAAAGCGAUUUUGUAGUAAAUGGGAAGCAAUCAGGAGUACACGUGUUUUCAUUAUGCCUUACUGGCUUAAGUUAAUAUCAUCCAUUCAAAUUUGAUUUACAGGGCACCAACGAAAUCUUAAGAAUGUACAUAGCUCUGACUGGAAUGCAGCAUGCUGGGAAGCAGUAUCAGGAAAUGUUAAAGUAUGUAUAGAGCGAUUUUCGUAUGACCUUGAAAAAUGGUUUCGGUAAGUGUUCGUUAUUUGUUUUAUUAGCCAAUCGAUGAAAAGAUCAAAACAUGGACUCUUCGUUUUCCCGCCAAAGAGAACCCUAAUACGGAGAAGGCAUUGUUCGAUUAGCCAAUCGUGUCGCAGUAUGACGUCAAAGCGAUUUCUAGAAAGUUCUUCGGGCAUGAAGUUUUUUCAGCCGAGCUUUCGCUUAACCGACCAAAAGCGACGCGCGUUUGUAUCCGUUCGACAAACCAAUCAAAUCGCUCUAUUUCCCUUCGUUUGUUGUUUCUGUUUUGUUCGCACGAUUUCAUUUCAAGGUCAUACGAAAAUCGCUCUAUCGCCUUCGUAACUCAAAAGAGUUCUAAACAAUGAAUAUAUAGGCCAAAUCCCAGUUGCCUAGCCUGCGUGCAAGCUGUCUGGGGCGUUCCGCCGGUGGGGUGGGAGAAGGAAGGACAGCUUGUAACUACGUUUCUUGAUAAUGAAUAUCUGCAUCGAAAAAGUCAAUGUAAAAUGCUGAUUGACGGAGAUGACGUUAGUAAUGAUCUUCAUGUGUUUUUCUAUGUUUGUUUAAUUCUCGCUCGUUUCCCCUUUGCGCUGAUUGGCAGAAAUCUGACAGUUAAAUCGAUGGGUAGCCACUGAGGAAUUGGAGGUAGAAUUCAAAUUCCAGAGACGUAGUUGCAAGCUCUCUUUCCUUUUCCCGCCCCGCCGCCAGAGCGCCCCGGAGAGCUUGCUAGCAGGCUAGAGUUGCCACAAGCCUCAGUUUUAAAGCGAGGCUAAGUGCAAAGCCAUUUGUACGGAAAUGAGUUUUUAUUCUGAUGCAAAUACAACUCAUUUUCACUGGAAAAGUUUUGCCCUUAGCCUCGUUUUGAAAAUGAGAGUUUUUCGAAGUCAGAAAUGGCGUGUUUUAAUCCAUUUGAUAGCCUGGUGGAUAGCUGGCAGGAUUGGUAUGACUGGACGUGCUCUGUUUCAUGCAGUCACUGUCCUACAACACAGUAUUAAAGUAUUUUACCAAAAUGGAAAUAAAGAGAGACACUGCCUUUGUGAAGUAAGAGGAAAACUAAUGCUAAGUUUCUGUGUCUAAAGAUAAUGUGUAUUCAUAAUUUAGUGAAAAUACAUUCAUUCCGGAUAGUUAAAACUUCAGUAUACUUGGCCACUUCAUUUAUAUCUAAUGGAAUAAUUAGAGCUCCAUUGUGUUAAAGUGAUGUUAAAGUAGACGAUUCACAACGACGAUUUUUAGUGCAACCCAAUGUUGUAACAUUAUUGUGACAUUACUUCAAUGGUUGCAACAUUGUUGCAUUAUUGCAACGCUGUGUUGGGCUAAAAAUGGCCGUUGCGAAUCGUCCGUGUAACAUCACCUUUACGGCUUUAUGCCUAGCUAGUUCACAAGUCACAUGUAAAUCAACAUUUAACGUUUUUCAUUAUGUGUAUGUCCCCAAAACUGACUGCCAAGUCUUUAAGAGUCUCUACCAAUGCUUGUAGGCUAAUGUCAUCAAUAUUAUUUCUUUUCAUAGAUUUUUGAAAAAUCCUUUUUCAAACUCAGAAUUUAUCGUGGACUUCGCUUCAAAAAGGCUUCUAUACUUGCUGGGGUUAAAAGGAAACUUGCAGGGAAUUGCCAGCGUUGCUCAUCCUCUUUUGGCGGUUAGUCCUUUCCUUUCGCUUUUAAUCUCGUCUUAUUUUCUUUUUCGAGUAACUUCCAUUUCGAUGAACCCUGUUUGAACAUAUCUCCUGUCAGUGUCAUGUGAUCGAAACUCGGCACUCUGAUUGGCUUAAAAAACGUACGUGUUUGGUUUAUUAUCAUCACGUGGUUGAAAACUGGCGCUCUGAUUGGCUGUUUUGCUUACUGGAUUGUGGACCGCUAAAAAGCUGCCACUAAGCAUAGCUUUUUAAAAGACAAAGGAGAUGACAUGACAGAGUUGCCAUAAUAGUUUUGAGUUUGGUUUCAACCCGUACAAACUUCUGUUAGAGUGGUUUUCGUUUGAGUGUCGUAAAACCAAAACCAAAGUAAUUACUCUGGCCAAUCACAUAGGACACAGACAAUACAUUGAACCAAUCAAAACUCGAAGUAAUUACAUGUGGCUGACGCAAUGUCACAAUUGGCUUUGGUUUUACUUCUGAUUGGAUGAAAAGGUGGCGCGAAUCUUUUAAGCCAAUCGCAUCGUGUAGAAAGUGCAAAACCAAUUACUUUUCGACACUCAAAUGAAAACCGCUCUAAGUUAAGGAACUUAGAUCAAUUGCUAAUGAACUGUCGGCCAUCCUCAUUGUCGUGUAUUUCAGUAUUAAACAACCACUUUUGUCCCUUUACGGAAAAACAAGUUUUUACGGUACAUAUGAUAUAACCUUUAUUAAGUGACUGUGUUACCUGGAGAUCAAUCUAACACCCAUUCAUUUGUGUAACAUUUAUGGCAGGAUAGCGCAAAAAAGCUGGAAGAAAAUGUUGCUGAUUUUGGCAGAAUAUCAGAAACUUUGCUCACCAAAUACGGAAAGGUGCUACACCCUGUAAUUUAUCUACAUUACAAAAUAUGUUUUUAUCUUAACUAUUUUUUGGUAUUAACGGACUUUUUUAGAACGCUUUUUAAAAAGUCAAACUGUUGUAGAGCUGAUCUCCACAGCCGAAAAAAUCUAGAAAGAGCUCCAAAAGAGAUGUAUUUUUUUAUAGUUUGCUGAUAUAAUUCACCACUGAAUACAACAAGUGUUCUAACAGCAGCAUUAAGUCAGGUUUUUUUCGUGUUCAAGUUACUCUUAUAUGCUAAGCCUGACCAAUGGUUGUUUAAGUGAAAUCGUAGGCUACAAAAUUUUCAGGCUUCCCUUUGCAAAUGUGUAGACUACGAGCAGUCUCUCUUUUUUCUUGGUCCAUCGAGCAAUACGCGUGAGACACGCAAAUGACCAUAUGCGUGAUUGAAGGAGCCAGCCGCCCUCGUUUUUCGUGUCUCGCGUGCGCGUGCACUGCUCCUACUAAAUUUGAAGAUAAAGAGAGACUGCUCGCAGUCUUUAAAUGUGUAGCAAAUUUGAAUGCUAAGUUUACAGUAGUGAGAGUGCCGGCAUAACUUAUCUAAGAGAAGCCUCUAACAUUCCUUUCUUUGGUGUUCCUCGUUUUUAGAACAUUAUCGAGGAGCAGCUUCUGUUGAAGCGAAUGGCUGAUGCCUGCAUCAACUUGUUUGCCAUGACGGCUGUGAUUUCCAGAGCAACGCGAUCCAUAAACCAGGGUCUAUCAAGUGCCAGUCAUGAGGUGAUAAUGGGUAGUGUAUUUGAUCCAUUCACCCCGUAACCGCCCGUAACCGCCUGUAACCGCCCGUGCGGAUACAGGUCCCUUCUCCCGCUUGUGACGUCAUCAGUUUUAACGUUCAAGGACAACUUUGUCCGCUAACUUGUGCAGGGUGAAGAGAUCUUUCAAACCAUACCAGAAUGAGCACGAUAAAGUCAAGGAGACCGGAGAAAAAGACAAAAAACCAUGUAAAGUUGACCCGAAAAUGUCCUUAAAAAUCUUGUUUCACUACCCACCUACCUUUCCGUUCAUUUAAUCCUAAGAUCCUAAAAGGUUUCCCAAAGACUUUUCCAACCAAAACGAAGCCUACUAAUUAAAAAGAAAAAAAAUGAGGCAAGAAAAGCGAAAGAAAAGGAGAAGAGAGAAGGCGAAAAGAAAAAGUCAAGACUACUGUGUCACUUUUAAACUCCAAAAGUUUGCUUUCUGCGCAUGCGCAUUGCCCGAACUUCGCAAGCUGAUAUUUUGCAUUUGGAUCAGGACACCGCGAAAUGUACGACCUGCAAACAGCUUUGUGGUAAUUUUUAGCUCUUUAUAGCCAGACAAGACUAGAAAACCGCUCGACUAGCUUCAAAACUCAUUUUUCGGCAAAAUUCCCAUUUUCUUUCUGCGCAUGCGCAUUACCCGAACUUCGCAAACUGAUAUUUUGCAUUUGGAUCAGGCACCGCGAAAUGUACGACCUGCAAACGGCUUUGUGGCAAUUUUUAGCUCUUUAUAGCCAGACAAGACUAGAAAACCGCUCAACUAGCUUCAAAACGCAUUUUUCGGCAAAAUUCCCAGGGGCGAAUGGGUUAAACAUAUGGCCGUUGUAGAGAGUUGACCGUUAGUGGAGGUGCGACUGUAUACCCGGGAAAGGGUAGGAAUUACCGUAAAAUUCCGAAAAUAAGCCCUUCCAUGCAUAAGCCCCUCCAAAUAUAAGCCCCCCAAACCGGUAACGCAAAAAACCCUCCGUUAAAUCGCCCCUCCAAAUAUAAGCCCCUCGGGGGCUUGUACUUGGAAAAUUGCCCUCAAAUACAAAGGAAAACAAAGCAAAAACGGUAAAUUUAUUUCAAAUAUAAAGCUAGCCCAAUCGAUUUUGAAAUGCAAAUUUCCCUUCGUAGAUAAGCCCCUCCGAAUAUAAGCCCCACCAAAAAUAAGCCCCUCAAAAAGGGCCUUUGAAAAAUAUAAGCCCCGGGGCUUAUUUGCGGAAUUUUACGGUAUUUUGGGGGGCCUUUGCUAAAUGGAUUUCCCAGCGGAUUUUUAAUUUAUAUGGUUAUUCUUUUCCUUCAAAAGGUUCUCCUUACAAAUACAAUAUGCACUAAUAAGUAUAACAUGAACAAUGCUCUCUUCAAAGAAGUUAAAUCAGGUUAG